ACUUUAUUCUGAUAACACAUUAUUCAGUGACGUGGCCGCAAUUUUUUAAUGUUAUUUUUCAUAAUUAUAAUAUUAAAGUUUUUGCAUUUUUAUGCACUUGCAACAAUACAUAGUCCAGCUGUAUUUUAAUAAAUUUGUGCAAAAUUAUAAAAACGAUCAUAAUGACAAAAGAUAACCAACAAAGAAAUCAUACAAAUAAAUGGAUUUUACGAAUUGCACUUGGCACAUUUUUAUUGCUAAUAAUUUUAAAUUUACCAAGUCUUUGUCAAGCUCAUGAACAUGAAAAGUCACCAAGCUUUAAAUAUACUAAGGAAGCCAAUGAAGCAUAUUUACAGAAUCAAUAUUCUAUACAUCAUAAAGAAAUUAUACAUAAACAUAAACAUGAAAAUGAUAAUUAUGACCAUCAAUAUAAAUCAGUUUUAUCUGACAGAACUUACAACAAAGUGAUUCUUAAAGCUACUGCAUCUACUUUAAUUAUAUCAGCAGCUCCCUUUUUUAUUUUAUUCUUUGUACCUUUAGAUAAUACUAAAGAAUGUGAACCAUUGCUUAAAGUAUUAUUAAGUUUUGCAUCUGGUGGUUUAUUAGGAGAUGCAUUUUUACAUUUAAUUCCUCAUGCUUUAAUUCCUCAUACAUAUGAAUCUUCUGAAGAAGUACAUUCAUAUACAAAUUCUCAUAAUAAAGAUGAUGAAGAAUCAAAUCAUGGACAUGAUAUGUCUGUUGGCUUAUGUGUAUUAUUAGGUAUUAUCAUGUUUUUAAUUGUCGAAAAAGCAGUGAGAAUUAUUAAAAGUGAUCACAGUCAUUUACAUGCACAUAAGAUAAGUAUCACAGAAAAGCUAUCAAAGGAAAACAAAGAUGAUAGCAAAUUACAAAAAGAUAUUGAUAAAUUUGAUAUUAUUUCUAAAGAAAAAGAAACAAAAAAUAUACAAAAUGAAAUUAAAAUUGCUGGUUAUUUAAAUUUAGUUGCAGAUUUUUUACAUAAUUUUACAGAUGGUCUUGCUAUUGGAGCUAGCUAUUUAGCUGGAAAAAAUAUUGGUUAUAUUACUACAUUUACAAUUUUAUUACAUGAAGUACCUCAUGAAAUAGGAGACUUUGCUAUUUUAAUACAAAGUGGUUAUAGUAAACAAAAAGCUAUGAUGCUUCAACUUAGUACUGCUAUAGGUGCUUUGUUAGGAACUUAUGUAUCAUUACUAGCAGAAGGCAUGGGUGAUCUUGCAACUAUGUGGAUUCUUCCAUUUACAGCUGGUGGAUUUAUUUAUAUAGCUACAGUGUCUGUAAUACCAGAACUUUUAACAGAUACUAAUUUUAGACAAUCUGUAAAAGAAAUUAUUGCACUUCUCUUAGGUGUAUAUAUGAUGGUACUUAUAGCAGAAUAUGAAUAGUUUUAUAUUACAUUUUUUUCAAUAUAUUGUGAUCACUUAAUAAUUCAUUUGACUGCUAUAAUAAGAACUCAAAAUUAGAGUUUAUAUUUUUACAAUAUUGUAAUUAUAUUACUUAAUGAAUAUUAGUGACUAUUCUAAUAUGUUAUAUAGCAUGAAUACCAGUGAAAGCAAUGCUGUAUGAUUAUUAUAAAUGUUAGUAUUAUGAAAAAUAAUAGAGCGAAUACAAAGAUAAAAAUCA